UGGGAUCGCGUUUGGGCGGCAGGAGCGGGGCCAGGAGCGGGCCGGAGCGGGCCAGGAGCGGGCCGGAGCGGGGCCAGGAGCGGGGCCAGGAGCGGGACAGGAGCGGGCCGGAGCGGGGCAUGGCUCAGCAGCCCGGCGUGCCCGGCCCGCGGCUCCAGCGCGGGGCUGCGGCGGGCGAGGCGCGGCGCUGAGGAAGCCCCGAACCCCCCAAAGCCCCCGGGACCCCCGGGCCCGCCGGCAUGGCCCGCUGGAUCCCCACCAAGCGCGAGAAGUACGGGGUCGCCAUCUACAACUACGAUGCCGUGCAGGACGUGGAGCUGUCCCUGCAGGUGGGGGACACUGUUCACAUCCUGGAGAUGUACGAAGGCUGGUACCGAGGAUACACACUCCGAAAUAAAUCCAAGAAGGGCAUUUUCCCAGAAACUUACAUCCAUUUGAAAGAGGCCAUCGUGAAGGACCGGGGGCAGCACGAGACAGUGAUUCCCAGUGAGCUGCCCCUCGGCCAGGAGCUGACGGCCACGCUGCGGGAGUGGGCAGUGAUCUGGCACAAGCUGUACGUGAACAACAAAACCACGCAGUUCAGGCACGUCCAGCAGCUCACCUACAGCCUGAUAGAGUGGAGAUCCCAAAUCCUCUCCGGGACCCUGCCCAAGGAUGAACUGGCUGAGCUCAAGAAAAAAGUCACUGCCAAGAUUGACUAUGGCAACAGGAUCCUGGGUCUGGACCUGGUUGUCCGAGAUGACAACGGGAACAUCCUGGACCCAGAUGAAACCAGCACAAUCUCCCUCUUCAAGGCCCAUGAAACUGCAUCCAAGAGGAUUGAUGAGAGGAUCCAGGAGGAGAAGUCCCUGCAGCAGAGUUUGGACCUCCGGGGACAGCCAAUAUUCAACUCCACACACACUUACAGCCUCUAUGUGAACUUCAAGAACUUUGUCUGCAACAUUGGGGAAGAUGCAGAGCUGCUGAUGAGCCUCUAUGACCCUGACCUCUCCAAAUUCAUCAGUGAAAAUUACCUGGUUCGUUGGGGCAGCAAUGGGAUGCCUAAAGAAAUUGAGAAACUGAACAACCUCCAAGCAGUGUUUACUGACUUGAGCAGCUCUGACCUGAUCAGGCCCCGGAUCAGCCUGGUGUGCCAGAUCGUGCGGGUGGGGCACAUGGAGCUGAAGGAUGGCAAGAAGCACACCUGCGGGCUCCGCAGGCCCUUCGGCGUGGCAGUGAUGGACAUCACUGACAUCAUCCACGGCAAGGUGGACGACGAGGAAAAGCAGCAUUUUAUCCCCUUCCAGCAGAUUGCCAUGGAAACCUACAUCAGGCAGCGCCAGCUGAUCAUGUCCCCCCUGAUCACCUCCCACGUCAUCGGCGAGAACGAGCCCCUCACCUCUGUCUUCAACAAAGUCAUCGCUGCCAAGGAGGUCAACCACAAAGGCCAAGGUGCAGCCUGGGGGAAACCUGGCCUGGGGGAGCUCCCAGGGAAUAAAUGGGUGGUGAAAGUCAAGGAAUCAAGGCUUAGUGGAGUUUAAUCCCUUCCCAGAGCCCAGGGCAUGGUGUUUGCCACGGUUCUCACUUUGUCCCUUUGUCACCCCAUCACACACGGAGCUGAAAUCCAGAUAGAACCAGACAAAACUUCCAUGAGAACAGCUCCUCCAGCUCCUCGCUUGCUUGCUAGUCAUACAUUUAUAUUGCACCGGGAUGUGCUGGAGAGUGGCUGGGCAGAGGGAAUGCUGUUUUCAUCCUGUUCUCCCAUGCAGGUGGCCAUUGCCAUAGAAGAAGUCAGUCGCUGCCACCUGAGGUUCACGUUCCGUCACCGCUCGUCGCAGGAAUCCAGGGAUAGAUCUGAGAGAGCUUUUGGCAUGGGCUUUGUGAAGCUGAUGAAUGCAGAUGGGACAACGCUGCAGGAUGGCAAACACAAUUUGAUUGUUUACAAGGGUGACAACAAGAAAAUGGAAGAUGCCAAGAGUUAUUUGACUCUUCCUUGCACCAAAACAGAGAUGGAGGAGAAGGAGGCUCCCUCAGGGAAAAACCUGCACCCUCUGGCCAACUUCACCCCCACGAAGGACAGCACCAAGGACAGCUUCCAGAUUGCCACUGUCAUCUGCUCCACCAAACUCACCCAGAAUGUUGACCUGCUGGGUUUGCUGAACUGGCGCUCCAACGCCCACAACAUCGCCCACAACCUCAGGAAGCUCAUGGAGGUGGAAGGAGGAGAAAUUGUGAAGUUUUUGCCAGACACCCUCGAUGCACUUUUCAACAUCAUGAUGGAAAUGUCAGAAAAUGAAACCUAUGAUUUCCUGGUGUUUGAUGCCCUGGUAUUUAUUAUUUCUUUGAUUGGAGACAUCAAGUUCCAGCAUUUCAACGCUGUGCUUGAGACUUACAUUUACAAACACUUCAGUGCAACCCUGGCCUACGUGAAACUCACCAAAGUCCUGAACUGCUACGUGGGGAAUGCUGAGGACUCCAGCAAGACAGAGCUGCUCUUUGCAGCCCUGAAAGCCCUGAAAUACCUGUUCAGGUUCAUCGUGCAGUCCCGGGUGCUGUACCUGAGUGUUUAUGGGAAAAGUGAGGAUGGGAAUGAAUUCAAUGAUGCAAUUCGCCAGCUGUUCCUCUCCUUCAAUGUCCUCAUGGACCGGCCCCUGGAGGAGGCUGUCAAGAUCAAGGGAGCAGCUUUAAAGUACUUGCCAAGCAUCAUAAAUGAUGUCAAACUGGUAUUUGACCCUGUUGAGCUCAGUGUCCUCUUCAGCAAGUUCAUCCAGAGCAUCCCUGACAACCAGCUGGUCCGGCAGAAGCUGAACUGCCUGACCAAGAUCGUGGAGAGUGACCUGUUCAAGCAGGCUGAGUGCAGAGAUGCCCUCCUGCCCCUGCUCAUCGAUCAGCUGAGUGGGCAGCUGGAUGACAACUCCAGCAAGCCCGACCACGAGGCCAGCUCCCAGCUCCUGAGCAGUGUCCUGGAGGUCCUGGACCGCAAAGAUGUGGGUGCCACUGCUCUGCACAUCCAGCAGAUGAUGGAGCGGCUGCUGCGCCGGAUCAACCGCACGGUGAUCGGGAUGAGCCGCCAGUCCCCGCACAUCGGGAUUUUUGUGGCCUGCAUGACAGCCAUCCUGAGGCAGAUGGAUGAUUUCCAUUACAGCCAUUACAUCAACACUUUCAAAACCAGGCAGGACAUCAUUGACUUCCUGAUGGAAACAUUCAUUAUGUUCAAGGAUCUGAUUGGGAAGAACGUGUAUGCAGCUGACUGGAUGGUCAUGAACAUGAUGCAGAGCAGGGUUUUCCUCCGGGCAGUGAACCAAUUCACCUCUGUCCUCAACCGCUUCUUCCUGGAUCAAACUCAUUUUGAGCUCCAGCUCUGGAAUAACUACUUCCACUUGGCCGUGGCCUUCCUCACUCACGAGUCCCUCCAGCUGGAGACCUUCUCCCAGGCCAAGCGCAACAAAAUCAUCAAGAAGUAUGGGGACAUGAGGAAAGAAAUCGGCUUCAAAAUCAGGGAUAUGUGGUAUAACCUGGGUCCCCACAAAAUAAAAUUCAUCCCAGCCAUGGUGGGGCCAAUCCUGGAGGUGACCCUGGUCCCAGAGCCUGAGCUGAGGAAAGCAACAAUUCCCAUCUUUUUUGACAUGAUGCAGUGUGAGUUCAACUUCAGUGGGAACGGGAACUUCCACAUGUUUGAGAAUGAGCUGAUCACCAGGCUGGACCAGGAGGUGGAGGGGGGCCGAGGGGAUGAGCAGUACAAGGUCCUGCUGGAGAAACUGCUGCUGGAGCACUGCAGGAAGCACAAGUACCUGGCAGCCCCGGGAGAGGUGUUUGCCCUGCUGGUCAGCAGCCUCCUGGAGAACCUGCUGGACUACAGGACCAUCAUGCACGACGAGAGCAAGGAGAACCGCAUGAGCUGCACCGUCAACGUGCUGAAUUUCUACAAGGAGAAGAAGCGAGAGGACAUUUACAUCAGGUACCUGUACAAGCUCAGGGACCUGCACACAGACUGUGAGAACUUCACAGAGGCUGCCUACACCCUGCUGCUGCAUGCUGAGCUGCUCCAGUGGUCAGAGAAGCCCUGUGUCCCUCACCUGCUGCAGAGGGACUCCUACUGCGUGUACUCCCAGCAGGAGCUCAAGGAGAAGCUCUACCAGGAGAUCAUCUCCUUCUUCGACAGGGGCAAGAUGUGGGAAAAAGCCAUUCAGCUGAGCAAGGAGCUGGCUGACAUGUAUGAGAACAAGGUCUUUGACUACGAGGGACUUGGUAAUCUCCUGAAAAAAAGAGCAACUUUUUAUGAGAACAUCAUGAAGGCCAUGAGACCUCAGCCCGAGUACUUUGCUGUUGGGUACUAUGGGCAGGGUUUUCCCUCUUUCCUGCGGAAUAAGAUUUUCAUCUACCGUGGCAAAGAGUACGAGCGGAGGGAGGAUUUCAACCUGAAGCUGCUGACCCAGUUCCCCAGUGCUGAGAAGAUGACCAGCACAGCCCCUCCAGCAGAGGAGAUCAAGGCUUCCCCCAAACAGUAUGUGCAGUGCUUCAUUGUGAAGCCUGUGAUGAACCUGCCACCUAAUUACAAAGAUAAACCUGUUCCUGAACAGAUCUUAAACUACUACAGAGCCAACGAGGUGCAGCAGUUCACUCACUCCAGACCUGUCAGGAAAGGAGAGAAAGAUCCAGACAAUGAAUUUGCUAACAUGUGGAUAGAAAGGACAACCUACACCACAGCUUAUUCAUUCCCAGGCAUCCUCAAGUGGUUUGAGGUCAAACAGGUCACAACGGAGGAGAUCAGCCCCCUGGAGAAUGCCAUAGAAACCAUGGAGCUGACCAAUGAGAAGAUCACCAACAUUGUCCAGCAGCACGGCUGGGACCGGAGCCUGCCCGUGCACCCCCUGUCCAUGCUGCUCAGUGGCAUCGUGGACCCCGCUGUCAUGGGGGGCUACACCAACUAUGAGAAGGCCUUCUUCACAGAGAAAUAUCUCCAAGAACAUCCUGAAGAUCAAGACAAAAUUGAGCUGCUCAAGCAACAAAUUGCUAUCCAGAUGCCCCUCCUGGCAGAGGGGAUCCGGAUCCAUGGCGAGAAGCUGACGGAGCAGCUGAAGCCCCUGCACGAGAGGCUCACAGCCUGCUUCAGGGAGCUCAGGAGGAAGGUGGAGAAGCAGUACGGGGUCAUAACUCUGCCCCCGGCGCUGACCGACAGGAAGCCGAGCAGGUCGGGCUCGGUGGUGCUGCCCUACAUCAUGUCCUCCACCCUCAGGAGGCUCUCGGUCACCUCCGUGGCCUCCUCGGUGGCCUCCACCUCGUCCACCUCGUCCGACAGCGCUUCCUCCAGGCCCGGCUCCGACGGAUCCACCCUGGAGCCUCUCUUGGAGAGGAGAAUAUCCACCUCUUCCAGAGCUGAGGAGCUGCCUGUGAAAGACGAGGGUGACAACAGGAUUAGCAAACUCAAGAGGAAGGAGUGGAGCAUUAGCAAGUCUCAGGUUAUUGUGGAGAAGGAGCCAGAAACAGAACUGACUUCCAAAAUGCAGGGCACGGCAGGGAAGGCACAGAGGCCCAAGAGUCUGCAGCUGGGGGACAACAGGCUGACCCUGCUGCCGGGCUCCUCGCUGCAGCAGUGCACCUGCAGCCCUCCCCCCAUCACCCCCAAGACCCCCCGGACCCAGAGCUCCCCCUCCCUUCAGGCUGAUGGAUUGGCCACACCACCCCCCCCUCCACCCAAAAGCAAACCCUACGAGAGCAGCACCCCCAGGAACUCGGUGGAGGUUGCUCCACCGCUGCCCAGCAGGCGUGAGGCCAAGCCUCCCCCUCCACCCCCCAAGGCCAGGAAAUCCAGCGUGGUGUCCUCGGAGCCGGGGCUGCCCUGAGGGCUGGGCUCUCAGCCACCCCUGGCUGCUGCCUUUCCAGCCAGCCUGGGAUCUCCCCUGCACCUCUUCCCCUGGGAAAUACCUUCCCACCUUUCCUGGGAAAGGCCACAAAGGAGACGUGGCUGGGGCUGGACUCCCUCCCCUGUGUUUGCCUGAGCAGUGCUGGCACACGAAUCCCGACGUCUCCCUGCUGGAAUUCUUCUCUCUCCUGGUCCUCUCUGUCCCAAGUUUGUCACUGCUGCAAUCCCAGUGUAACUGGGAACCCUGGCUGAUCUCACUGGUGGUGUCACUGCAGGCCACUGGAGUUUCCUGGGGCAGGGUCUCUGCCCAGCUUGUGCUUGGUCUGGUACAAGAUCUCAUUUUGUGCUUUUUAAUGGGGUGGAAAAAAUCCCUCCUGUGAAUGUUGGAGAUGACAGAAGCUGCACUUUGGCCAGAGCUGGACUGGUACCCCCUGACUGACACCAGGGCUGGCCUGGCACCACCUGCACUGGUACCAGGGCUGGCCUGGCACCACCUGCACUGGUACCAGGGCUGGACUGGCACCACCUGCACUGGUACCAGGGCUUUAAUGGUACCAGUUCCAUAAGCAGCUUGUGGCCUGUUUAUUUAUCAUCAAUGUUGAUGAAGAUUUUGCUUUCUCUUUCAGGAAACAAUUUUGUUUGAUCAUUCUGUCAUUUAGCUUCUGAUUAUCUUGUAGAAGUUGGGAAGAGCCACUAAAACCCUGCUGAGGGUGUUGCUCACAGCAGGAAAUACAGUUAUUGUUGGCUGGGGGUUCACGGGCCAUUAUUGUGCUCCCCUGACUGAAGUGGGUUUCUGACCUUACUGAAAAACCAAAGUUUGUUAAACCUGAUGAAAAGUUUCCUCAGCAUAGGCUUUCUCAGGGAAAACCAAACCCAACAAAAAGCACCCACAGGAGAGCUUUGCUCAGACUGAAGUUGCCAUUUUCUUUUGUCCUUCCCAAUUCUUUUGACACUGGUGCGACUGCAGGAGUUGCUGUGCUGCCUGCCCAGCUCUGAAAGCACAUUGUCCUCAUCCCAGAGUCAUCCCAGAUUGCCAUCAGCUCCAGCUUGGAGCUGCUCUGGAGGUGGCACUGCAGUCACAUCCCAUCCACCCCCAGCCUGACUGCUGCUUGCACUUCCAGCUGUCUCCGGGCUGCUGCUUCUCAGGGGAGAUCUUGGGACUCUUCUGGACACCCUGGCCAGCUUUGCCCCUCUCUGGGGCAUUGUGGGACAUGUCAGCUCCUCCUUGUGUUCCUGGACACAGACACUGCUUGACUUGAAAGCCGCUGGCUUUUCUUGCCUUUCCAUUUUCUGUGCCCUCUCCCUCCCGCUGCCUCCCUGCUGUGCUCACACCCCCCGGGAUCCUCUCAAAGUUCCCUUCAAAAGCAGCUUUUUGUCUGGGCUGGGAGUUCUGCUUCAGGCACAACAACAGGAUGUGGUCUGAGGUGUCUGCAGUGCAUCUUAACAGCACCUACUGUUACUGCAGUGCCUUUCCCCACUCUGCAGCUGCCUCUGCCCUCAGUCCUGGCUGCUUUUCAGGCAGGCUGGGUUUAACUCCUUGAGUGGAUCAGCAGGAGCAGAGGAGGGGUCCCAGGAAUGGUUUCCCUGGUGUGGGCAAGCAGACUGAGCUGUCAGGUUUGGGUGUUCUGGUUCUAAGUGACUUUGGGGUCCCCUUUUCCAGCCUUUUUGUUCUGCCUUAGCAGCAUUAACAUAUGUACAUACCUUUUGCAUCCAGGUUUUUUCCUGUAGAAGGAAAACUCCAUGCAGAAAACACUCACAGGAGGAGGUCUGACCCUGGGAAGAGUUUUUCAGCUGAUCUUUAACCAGCUUUCUGCUCUUUUACUCUGGGAGAUUUGGCUCUGGCUGCAUUUUGCAGUUACAGACCAGGAUUUUGAGCAGAAUCUUUGGCAAGUCGGUGGUGAAUUAUCCCUCCCUUCCUUCCCUGCCUUGGGCAGUGCAGCUGCCACCUUCAGCUCUGCUCUGCCUUGAAAUUGCUCCUCUCACCUUAAACCUCACCUGGGUUUGCUGCUCACGAGUUCAGGCUUCUCCUCUCCCUCCCUGAGCCUGCCCAGGUGGGCACUGGGAUGGGCACUGGGAUGGGCACCCUCUGAACUGGGAGGAGAGGAGCAGCUGACACUGAACAGUUCAGAGCAAGUUUUCCCUUGCCAGGGCAUUUUGGGCAUUUUCACUGGCAAAUUUGCCAGAAAGGGCACUAAAUUUGGUUCUUUGGGUUUUUCCUUUCUCAACAAUAUUUAUGUUCUAGAGUUUGUGAACUUGUCCCACUCCUGCUCCUUCUGGCAGUGUCCCCAGACUGGGCUCCAGUUCUCUUACCUGGCUGAUAAAAGCUGGCAUCUCUGGCUCAGAGGUGCAGGAUGAAAUUUCUGUUCUGUGCCCAAAUGAUUCAGGGCUUUGGGGGAAAAAAUAAUCCAAGUGUCAGAUUUUUAAAGGCAAUUGUGUGAGGAGGAACAGGGCAUUCAACUGAUUUUCAGUAAGUGGAUUUAAGUGCCCACUCUUGGGAGAAAUCUCACCAGAACCAUGAUUUUUGAAGUGUUUGCUCUUUGCUUGGGUACCUGCCUGACUUGAGUUGUGAGAUUUCAUUUUCAGAGGCAAUUUAAGGUGUCUCUACCUUGUUUUUUUACACAAGAAUCAUCUCUUCAGGUGGACUGGGUGCUUUAGGAAGUGCCUCUGAUGUGUUUUCAGCUGGAGGGUUUAAAGUGGGAAUAGGACAGUCCAUAAUGAUGAUCUCUGCACACCACAAAUGCCAGCAGUUUCUGCCAAUUCAUGGUUUUGAAUAAAAUCUCAGAGUUCAAACAUCCAGUCUGCAGAGGAGACAAAACCUGAUCCUGUUUCAGAGCCAAGCUCUUCAAAGCUGCUGUGAAAUUUCAAGUCUUCGAGGAUUUCAGUUUUUCUCCUUUGGAGAAAUGUGCUCAACACUUGUUUUCUGGAGCUUUUAAUUAAAAUUUGUCGUGCUGUGAUAAAUUCCUUUAAAAAUAUGGCAGGCUCUAAUCCACAUCAGGGGCAGAGGGGAGCAGCAGCUUUGCUUUCAGUGGAUUACUGGAUUAGGAAAGGACACAGAUUCCAGGGAGAGCUCUGUCAUCUGCAGUGGCACAGAGCUCCAGGAUGGAUAUGCAGGGCUCGUUUUGGCUCCUGCAUCCCAUCAAGUCCCUGCUCCCAGCCCAGGCUUUGCUCCACACUCACACUGAGUUGCACUUGCAGUGACAACGCCCCAGAUUUUCCUCUCCUUAUUUAUUUUUACCAUUGUAAAUGGAAAUAAUAACUUUAAAUCUGUAAUUUAACUAAUUUUUUUUAUAGUGAAAACAUUCCUGACCUGCUUCUCCUACCUUCUUUGGAUUAAUUUUAUUUUAAUUAAAAACCUAAUUUUAAUGUUGCAGACCAAAUCCUGUGGUGGACCAGGGUAAGCUUUUCCAAAGACUACAGCAGGGAGGAAAAAUAAAUAAUGUGAUUUUGUGGCUGUUCAAAAGCACCAGGUUCACCUGAUUUUUCUUUCUGAACAUUAAUUAAAGCACUUUGAGGACAGUUUGGGCACUACAGAGGUUACUCAAAGGAGGUGUAAAUCCAUUUUUCAGGUCCAUGUGGUGCUGGUUUGUAUUUUUAGGCAGAGGUGGAGGUGCCUCAGCAGCUCCAAAGUUCACCCCAAUGUACAUUUGAAUAUUUUUUCUCACUGUGGUAUUACAAAGGUUAAAUCACUCUAAACCCUGGGACAUAUUCGUUGUGAAUUCAGGAGGAUUUGGGUGUUGUGGAAGGAGUUUUUGUGUGUUCUGGGAUCCUGGAUUGGUGGUUUCGGUGCAAAUCCACUUUUGCAGACUGCAAGUACAAUGUUUGGGGUUUUUUCAGUCUUUUGCAACUGAAUCAGUAAAAAAUACAGCUUUAAAAUGGCUGUGGAGAGAGCAGCAGCUCUCUGGGUGAACGCCACAUGAUUCACUAAAUCUGUAAAGUAAGGUGUACACAUUUUUGUGGGUUUUUUAAAUGCAAUGAUUGUUGUAAAGUUUGUAAAUACAUUUUUAAAAUAAAUGUAGUUUUUAUGACUGAACCAGAAAAAA